AGUGAAUCAUAACUUUGUAAAUAUUUAUAUAUUUUUUUACAGAAUUAGCGACUUUUACAAUAUAUUAAGAUGUAAAAUCAUGUGAAAGUACGAUUCAAGUUGCAACGAAUAUGGCGACAGCAGAGGAAGCAAAGACGGUCGCUGGGGCGGAAGUUGCGACCCCUGUAACGUCAACCACGAAACUGGAAGAUGAUGCACCCAAAGUGCUGUCAGCUGCAGAGCUUGAAGCAAAAAAGAAGGCCAGGGCCACUCGAUUUGGUAUCCCGAUGAACGACACGAAGGUUCAAAUACAGAAAUCUGGAACGGCAACCACGACCAAAGCUGGCGCGAAUAAAGAUUCGAAGGACACUCGAAAGAGGCCUAUUGCUAAGAACAAGACGAAAGAAUUGACGUUGGAAGAAGUAGAGAUUAUCAAGAAAAGAUCGGAAAAGUUUGGAACAACCAAUUCGGAACAAUAUUUGCAUGCUUUAGCUGAAGAGAAAAGACUGAAGCGUGCUGCGCGUUUCUCUACCGGCGACGCCUCUGCACCGGAAGACACAGCUUCAGAGAAGAGGGAGGAAGCAGAGCCUGCCGCUAAAAAGGCGAAAACGAGCGAAUAGAUUGAGAGGACGACAAAUCCUGUCCAAAACAACGAAAGAAAGUUUGGCUGGCCUGUUUCUUCGAGAGGAAGAUUGUGCAAUAUGCUAGUUACGAAUAAAGGAAUAAUUUAAAUAUAUCGCUCUGCACAUACCAAGAAGCUGG